UUUUGGGGUCGUCUUUUUUGCAAAUUUGGCUCUUUACUUCUUGGGUUUCGACACAGAGCAAGGAUCAAAGCUUGAGGGGCCCAUCUUCGUAGUUUUGAGGAUGAAUAAGUUUUUCGUACGUCAUACGUUGAGUGGUGAAAUAUCUACUUCAGAGAAUAUAGAGUCUCAUGAAUUGAUAGUUAUUGACUCCACUACAAAGGGGAGCGAUCAUUACAUGGAGGAUUCAGAAAGUGACCCCUCUAUAGAAGAUGCUAAAAGUAGCGAAAGGUCUGCAGAAGAUGGUUGCUUGACUGAGGAUGCUGAUAUUGGUGGACUUCCAAAGGGAGUCCCACUCAACCCAGUUACUCUUUCAAAAAACCAAGAUUAUAUUACAAAAGAUAUUGGUGCUACACAUGUUGGUAUGCCAGGAGAAAAAUCAGAUAUGAUAGGGUAUGUGUUUGGGCUAUUGGGCGAUGGAUGGGAUAAGUGUCAGGUUGAGUGUGUAAGUCAACCUACGGGGUUUCUCAACAUAAACCCUAUAUGUACCUUGACUCGCUCUGAUAUAGAGAAAUGGAGAAUCGAUUAUAGUAUACCUUCGAGCAUAGAGAUGAGAUUGUCUAGAUCAUAUGAGAGAGCUGACUGGGAAAUGGGAGAUUGGGUGUGUCUCUACGAGAUAGCCUUUGCUAUUGGAUUUAGGUUCCCUUUUUCUCCUAUUGUGACUAAGAUACUUGAAUUUUAAAUUAUAACUCCUGAGCAACUUAUGCCAAAUGGCGGGCAGUUGCUCUUAAGCCUAGAGCUCUUUGUUGAAAAGUUUGGGAUUUUGGUAGAUCUUGAAGUUUUUAGGUCUUGUUACUAUCCUAAAGAGCAUGAUAAAGAGAAGAGUCAUGUACAAAUCCACCUACGCCCAAAGAAAUCAGCAUUUGUGACUAAGUUGACUGCUGCUAAUAAGCCAUAAUUGAAAAAUGCAUAUUGCUUCUUUAGAGGAGACAAUAUGUUUGGGUUGAGUGAGAGAAAGUUUCCACUUUAUUGGCGUAUUUUAAGUGAGUGCAAUGUAUGUGCCUCUAUUAUAAUUACUACAUUGUAUGCUCUUGAAUGUUAACAUGUGUUAAUUGGUGCAAAUAAAGAAUUUGCAGCUCCUCCUAUUGCAGACAAACAAAUUGAUCAGAUUAUUGAAGACAUUCUUUAAGUGCCAGAAAAGGGUCAUAACUGGAGAGAAUUACUUUUAAGGAAUCGUCUGCAGGAAUCACAUGUUGAAAGUCACGAAGGUACCUCUGAACUUCAGUCCUCCUAACAUAUUCCCAUCCUUCUUCUCACUUGAUCUUUAGAGAAGAUUGGAGGUCACUUUCAAGUUUUGAAUCACUUGGCAGAAGAGCAACAUGCAUUUGCAGAUGAGAUGGCUGAAAGGAGUGUAUAAAAUACCUAAAGCGAGCGAUGAAAUGGCCAAAGUGAAGAAGACAUCAACUAAGACACCAAAUUGUGGCUUGACCAAUGGAACCAAACAUUCAUCUGAGAUUGAGGUUUCUGAUACCACCAUGGAUGAAACUUCUCUUGGUUAUUUUUCUACUAAGAAAAGGAAGGUCAACUUCCUUGAUCUUGAUGAGGUUGAGGAGACAGUGCUCCGAAUUCCACACACUGUUUCAGCCUAUUCGAAUUCUCCCUCGAUUGAAGGUCACAUAGGGGGGCUUCUUCAUCCUGCUGACUGAAACUGAUUGAUGGAAAUUUGUCAUGUUGGUGCUUUUAACUAUGCGGUAGCUGAGGCUUACAAGGCUAUUCAAGCAGUGCUUUUCUUGCAUGAAGACCAUGUUGCCAUGGAUAAGAAGAUGAGGGCUCUAUCAAGUGCUAAUGCCUCCCAUCGGUCUAAGAUUGGAAAACUUGCAGAUUGAGAGAAGAAUGCUCUAGCUCUUGUUAAAUCUCUGAAGAGAGAACUUGAUAGCGUGAAGGAAUACUUUGCUCGAACUCAACUGUAGUUAGAUGUUGAGAAGAAGAAGGUAGAAGAUUUGGCUGAUAAUCUAAAAAAUUACUAUGUUGAUGUGGUCCAGACUCGUGGUGAGCUAAUGACUAAGUAUAAAGAAGGCAAGUAUGUUGAUUGGGAUGUGGAUGGUGAGAUAAAGAUCUAUCGUACUCGUAUGGGUUUGGACUCUGAUCACGAAGAGACUCUUGUUGGAUCUGAAUGCCUAAAAGAUAUUUCAACUGUGAAUGGUGGCGAAGUCACUGUUGACCCUGAUGAUCUUGGUAUCUAUUUAGUUUCUUUUCAUGCUUUGUUUAGUAGUUCAUGUGUCUUGUGAUCAGUUUAUUAAGACGUUUUCCAUGAAGGUUUUACCUUUUGAAUUGUUGGUUGUUUAUGAAGAUGAAAGCAAGGAUAAAUAUUUUGAGUGUUUUCGCUUAAUGAAUGCUAGAAGGUUUACUUUUGACCAAAUUUACAAUAUCAA